AAAUCUUUUUUCUUCUUAUUUCCUCGUCUCAUAAUGUCUAUUAAAUAUGUUUUUUUUUUCUUUAUGGUGUUUGUCUGUGUUGUAGUCUCUGCCAAUGCUCAACUACCCCAGUUUCCCAUCCCAUUUUCUUUUCCACUCCCAUUCCAACCAAGUCCUGGUAUUUCUGGAUUACCUGAUGUAGCAAAAUGUUGGUCUUCAGUGAUGGAUAUUCCAGGAUGCAUUAUAGAGAUUUACACAUCCAUACUCACAGAACAAUUCGGACAUGUAGGUCCUUCUUGUUGCAAAGCAUUUUUGGAAGCCGAAGCCAAUUGCUUACCGAAACUUCCAUUCAACCCACUUUUUCCACUCAAAGAACAAUGUUCAAGAAUUGCUAACGCAGCUCCUCCUACCACAAAAUAGAGUUUUACAUUAAUAGAAGUAAAGCUAUGUAGAUUUUAUUUUUCAAGGGAUUUUAACAUUUUAGCUAAAUUCUACGACAUUAUCCUUCAAAAAUACGAUUAUAUAAACAGCAUUUUAGAAAUAAAAAAAAUCCAGCAUUUCCUUUUAUAUUACCAUGCGGUUCAUGAGUGUAAAGAUUCUAAACUAAUCUUACUUAUAAAACACACUUAAAUUACACUACGAACUAAAACUAUACAAUUUAAUAUUUGGGAACGUACAUGGGCUGCAUCUACAAAAUAAAUAUAAAAAAGAACAUAAG